AGUAGGUGUUGAACAAUUGGUAUUGGUUUUAAUGUAACCCAAAUGUAUAGUAUAUACUCGUUCCCCGUUAGGGUAUGUCAAGUGAAACCACAUAAACCAAUAUGUGGACUUACCACAAACGCCCAUGAGUGGUCGCUGACCUCGCAAGGCCAUCUAAAUACUCUCUCUUAUGCUAUUGAUUUAUUGUGCCCAUGAUUUAUGUAGCCAGUACAUCAAAGGAUCCAAUAUAAAUAGAUUACUUUUUUUUCAAAAACUGUUUUGUCAAAGACAAGCCAACGCUAACCCAAUACAAAUUCUUUGCAUCGACAACUAAUUACUAUAGACUGCAGAUAAUUAUUAAUGUGUACAAAAGUUAUACAUUACUAUGUCUAAUAUGUGAUUAAUCAAACGUUGAUAGGACUAGAUACAACGAGAAAAUUUAUUUUAAUAAGAGAAAGAGAGAGAGAGAGAGAGAGAAAGAUGAUGUUCCGAAAACAAAUAGGUAACUUUAAUCGAUCAAAUGUGUACCGGCUGUGCGUACAAGUGAUAUGGACACGCUGCAACGUCUGUUAGAUACAGUUACUAACAUAUACAAACUACUAUUUACCCUCAUGUAUUUAUAAAUACGAUUCAAUAAGAGAGAUAAAGAGAGUUACAGACAAAGAUAAAACCUAGCUAACAAUGCCUGUUUGCUCGGUAAUUAUUCAUUGUACAUACAUAAUGCCCGUGUACUCUCUGCCAUUUCUCUACAUUUGCAUCACAUAUAUAUAUAUAUAUAGGGUGGUAUUUAUUUUCAUCGUUUCUAAAAUUUAUCAGUGUCACUCUAAAAUAUUUUAUUAUACUAAGCGUCUCGUUCUCGAUGAUUAAAUAAUUGAUUACCUGUAGUAGUACUGUUAGUACGUGUCAACUACACAACGUUUAGAGUUUAAAUUCAAAUGCUUUUUCGCGCCAGUAGCCCUCAGCGCCUGGCGCGCACCCUAGCAGUCUCAUAUUGUUUUGUUGUGUCAACAACAACGGACGUGGGUUAAAAUUUUUUGUAAUAAAAAACUUGAUAAUUUUUUAUUACAUCAUCAAAAGAUUGGAUCUUUAAUAAUGGGGAAAUCCAAGAAACGUUCCCGAUCAAAUUCAGUGGAAAGUAGAUCCCCCAAGAUAUCUAAAAAAGAUUUACAAUGCCAAAUCGAGGCCAUCGCCAAGAGCGUCCAAGAUCUGGUAAAAGCGCAACAAGAGUUGCAGGCUACAGUUAAAGAAACUGCAGAGCAGAAUAGAGUGGAGGCCAGUAUUUCCAACAAGGAAAGUAUAGAACCCAAUAAGGGUACUGAGACAUUGACCAGUACGGCAGUAGCCGACGAUUCCCGGAAGGAAGACGUAGGGGUUUUGGAAGACGGAGAAGUUCCGGAAGAGUUUUUAGUAGAGGAUGAGCAUGACUUGGACGAUGAACUUCGUGAAGUACUUGGGGAAGAGGUUUCAAACACGAAUACCUCAGUCAAGGUAAAUGACAGCCUGAAAAAAUGGUGGGAGACUUGGAUGUCAAAGGGCUUAACUGAAGAGGUUAAGAAAGCUCUACUUAAAAAAUAUGUUAGAGAUGGAGAAUUCCGAACUGAAGCACCCAAGGUUAACCUUGAAAUUCAGCGUCACUUGACUGAGAUCGCCAAAAAACGUGAUGCUCACUUUACUGAUACGCAAAAUUGUGUAGGAUCAGCGCUAUCAUCGUUAAGCUCAGCCAUAUCGAUGCUGUCAGAUAACUCAUCAGAGGAGAUUGAUCAAAUUACUCUGAUGAAAUAUCUCUGGGACACGGGAAAAAUCUUAAGUGAUGUUUUCCACCAACAGUCAAUAGCGAGAAAAUCAUUUAUUACUCCGACUCUGGAUAAGGACAUAAAGGCUACGCUAGAGGCUAGUAUCCCAGAUGAAUGGCUUUACGGUCAGAAACUCAAUGACCAGGUUAAGGAUGCAAAAGCCAUCGUUAAAGCGGCUGCAUCUUUAAAACCUUCUGACAAACCAGUUGUCAAGAAACAGGCAUUCAGGACUGCGUCUCAGGGAAACUUGAGAGGCCCACCUGCGAAGUUCAGGCAGGUGGGCAACUAUCAGCAGAGGAGAUUCUUCUCGAACACGAGGUACAAACCGAGAUCCACGACAGGGAUGGCGAAGACUUCACUGAAGCCCAGCUCAGAGAAGAACAGGAAGUAGCGGAGAUUGUUGUGGAAGAACAACAAGAGGCAGGAGUGUCACCCCCUAGCGAACAAGUUGUCACUAGUGGUCGGCAAAUUAUCCGGCAGGCCUUUGUCACCAAGGGCAUCGGAGAGGAAUCAAUAGACAUCAUGCUCAGUUCUUUGUCAGAG